GCUAGCUAGGUGGGUAGGACCCACUAAAUUGAUUCCUCAAUUUGUCAUCUUUAAGAUGGAUUAACACACACUCAAACCAUGUACAAAACUACAAAUGACACAAAAAUUUAGUCUCCACGUUAUAAUACCAACAAAAACAACACCUUAAUGAUGGCUUAGAUCUUGCUAGCUCUUAUAAUUCAACACAAAAAAGCCACCAAUUUUGAUUCACAAACCAACACAUAGUAUUCAAAAAGCUUUUCUCUUUUUUUUUUUGUUGCUAUUAGUACCUCCCUAUAUAAACCAUCUUUUCUUUUGAUCACUCUUACAGAUCAAGAUUCAGAUCACAAAGAAUCCUUGUGAAGAUGGAUAUUAAUGAGUGGGUUAUCCUUUCUGAUGAAAGCUUUUUUAAUGGUGAUGAGAAACAGAUUUUCUCAGGAAACAGAAACUCAUUCUCAAACUCAUCAUCAAGUAUCUAUGACAAAGAUUACUUUUGCACCUCCCCAAAAUCAUCAAAAACCAUUGAAAUUGAAUCACCAAAAGUUCCAAAACUACUUAUCCAUGUUCCAAUUCAAUUAGAACCCAAAUUUGAAAACAUUCCAAAUGAAGAGUUGGUGAAAGGAAACACCGAAAAAAUCAAAGUUCCUCUGUCGACAGAGGAGCCCGAUCAAGACAGUGUUUCACAAGUUUUCUUUCAAAUGAAAGAAAACAAAAUUGUUGACAUGAAAUUAGAGUCACCAAAGUCUAGUACUAGUAGUGGUAGAGGAUUGUUUUCUCCACUUGAUGGUGAAAUGGAGAUUAUGACAUCACCUAGAAUGAAGAACUUGGAGAAAGAAAUUAUGUACUAUGAUGAGAAAGAAGGAGAGGACAUGAAUGUUGGUUUUAACUUUUGGAAAUGGAGUUUGACAGGUGUUGGAGCUAUUUGUUCUUUUGGUGUUGCUGCUGCCACAAUCUGUGUCUUGUUCUUUGGAAGUCAGCAAAAGAACAACAAACUUCAGCUGGAUCAAAAGAUUAGGUUCCAAAUCUACACUGAUGACAAGAGGAUUAAGCAAGUGGUACAACAUGCAACAAAAUUGAAUGAAGCAUUUGCAGCAGCUAGGGGUGUUCCACUGAGCAGAGCUCAUAUAACUUAUGGUGGUCACUAUGAUGGUGUUUGAGCCAUUGAUGAAACUUUUGGAUGCUACAAUGAGUCAACAAGUUAGGCACAAUCUUCUAUUGUGGCUCUAUCAUAUACUAGUUAAUUAAUCAUUGUAUAUAAAAAAAUGAGGGAUGGUUUUAUGUAAAUUAAGUUACGGAUUAGGUGCCCUUUUAUAGUUUGGGAAUUAUUAAGGCAAAUGUUAUAGAAGUUGUUAGCUAUGAUUGACCAAAUGUUGGCAAAAAUAGGCAGAAUUAAGUGUAACGUGACAGCAAGUCAGCAAUCAUACAUAUUCAUCUUUAUCUUUGGGAACAAUAA